GUAGCAUUUGGCCCAAGAGGCAGCGACCAAACUGGGGGAACUCUUGGCAGUACUGUAGGAGAGUAGAGUUGCAGUCCUGAAUGACGGGGAAGAGGCAGUGGGUUGGGCCUGCAGGGUGAAAGGGCUGUUGAGAUGCUCUUUGUCUUGAACACUUUCUCCGCUCCGUUCACAGGUACCCAUCCUAGCAGCCGCUGCGCUUGGCAGCAGCCCAGAUUACUUGCAAAGCUGGCUCCCUGCGCCAUGGUCACCCACAGCAAGUUCCCCAGUGCCGGGAUGAGCCACCCGCUGGACACCAGCCUGCGCCUCAAGACAUUCAGCUCCAAGAGCGAGUAUCAGCUGGUGGUGAAUGCUGUGCGCAAGCUGCAAGAGAGCGGCUUCUACUGGAGCACGGUGACAGGUGGCCAAGCCAACCUGCUCCUGAGCUCUGAACCCAUCGGCACCUUCCUCAUCCGUGACAGCUCAGACCAGCGCCACUUCUUCACUCUGAGCGUCAAGACUGAGUCAGGCACCAAAAACUUGCGGAUCCAGUGUGAAGGAGGCAGCUUCUCACUCCAGAGUGACCCGCACAGCAGCCAACCUGUGCCCCGCUUUGACUGUGUUCUCAAACUCGUUCAUCACUACAUGCCCCUCCCUGAGCAACAACCAGGGGAGGCAUCACACCCUAAACGUGCCUACUACAUCUACUCAGGUGGAGAGAAGAUCCCACUGGUGUUGAGCCGUCCCCUCUCCUCCAGCGUCUCCACCCUACAACAUUUGUGUCGCAAGACAGUCAAUGGACACUUGGAUUCUUAUGAGAAGAGGACCCAGCUUCCCGCCCCCAUCAAAGACUUCCUGGACCAGUAUGACGCGCCUUUCUAAGGGGCUUUUUCAGCAGGAUUAGCCCGUGACACAAGCACAAGAGCAGAACGGGGAAAGGAUGAAGCUAGAGAAUCCAGGGCAAAAAUCACACUUUUUUUCCUAGCAUGUGGAUUAUGAAAGGGGCAGGGGGCCAGCACACAGAGUAGCCUCGGAAUGUCUGCCCAGCACAGAAACUCUCUUGCUAUUGCUUGUGCUGGAUAACUUGCCAAGGGGUGAUUUGUGCAAGCGACUGAUGCUGUUGGACUAUGGAACAGACUGUUGCUGCUUGAUAAAACUGUCUCUCUGGCUUAGGAUGGGCAUGAUGGAAUGGUUUGCAAACCUCCUUAACCAAUGGACCGUUUACAAAGAGCUGACUGCUCUGCACUGGACCAGACCACCUCUAAUGACUUCUGACCAAAACCAUUCUUCAGACAAAGGAAUACAUGCACUGGAAUCCAACUAGUGCCUGAAAAUCAACGUUUUCCUCAGUUUUAAGGGGAAAAUAUUUUUAUUGUUAUGGAUAUUGUUAUUAAUCUUUACCUCUUACAACCUCCAGAAGGGACAAAUCUCCUUUCAUCCCAAGUCUCUUCCUCAGAGGUUGUUGCCACAACAUUUAUUCAUGGGACUAAGCCUUAAGAAGAAAUCCACAUCCUCCAUGGACUAUUAAUGAACAUCCCACGAGGAGAAUACCAUUCACACUCUGGGCCAUUAUGCAGGCAAAGGACAUAACUCUCUGAAACUGCAUCAUUGCUUUUGGAACACCAAACUGAAUGUUAAAUUAUCUGGCUGUUUCUCCUGAGUUUUUAUUCUACCUUGAGUUCUCUGCUCAGGCUGCUAAUUUCUUGCCUUCCUUUUUGGAAUUUUAGCUCAUCAAAAAAUGGCAUUACAUUUAUAGCAGAGGUUGUGGAUUUGUUUGGGUCCUCAAUUGCACUGAAUAACUGAAAACCGUACAGGAAUGUAGCAACAAGAGAAUUACCUGGAACUCUUUAAUUUAAUUUAACUUUUUUUUUUUUUUAUAAAAAACUGUAAUCAAAAUUUUGUGGGUUCAUCUUAUUUUUGCAUAUCAGGGUUUUAGAAGGGCAGAUGUGGUUUUGUUUUUACAGAAAGAAAUGUUUACAGACCUGCCUAAGAAAAAUCAUUCUGUCUUUUAUAAAGAUUCUACCCUUCAGCCUUGAAGGCUGUUAGACAUGCUUGAAGACUCCACCAAAAAUCAAACUUGGAAGAAAACUUUGCACAUCUAUUUAUAUUUAUAUUCAAGGGACAUUAAAGACAGCAUUCAAUAAUUUAUAAUA